UUUUCAUAUACCGCGAAAAAUAUCGGGGAAAGUACUCUAUGGAAACAUGUACGUGUAAGAGGAGAUGAAUUGCUGCUGAGUAAAUUGACAAUGGGAGACAGAUCGGUUGUGUUUUGCAGAUGGCAGUGAUCCUGAAUGCAACGACGACCCUUUCCAUGCAAGGAAACGAGGACGAAGAGGACGAUAGCUACGUUCCGUACGACCAGCGACCCGAAACUUACAUAGUGCCCGUUGUAUUCUUAUUAAUCUUGGUAGUCGGUGUAAUUGGAAAUGGGAUCCUGGUGUUCACCCUCGUGUGUCACGCCAGUAUGAGAAAUAUACCGAAUACCUACGUCUUAUCCCUGGCUUUGGGCGAUCUCUUGGUGAUCAUAACGUGUGUACCGUUCACGUCGCUUCUGUACACGAUUGAGUCAUGGCCGUGGGGCCUGGCAGUUUGCAAAUUAUCGGAGUGCGCCAAGGAUAUUUCGAUCGGUGUCUCAGUUUUCACUCUGACCGCGUUAUCAGCCGAGAGGUACUGUGCCAUCGUGAAUCCCAUUCGCCGCCAUGUAGCCGGCCUCAGUGCAAAACCAUUAACGAUAUUAACAGCCUGCCUUAUUUGGGUGCUGGCGAUUGUUUUGGCGAUGCCAGCUGCCUUUUUCUCUAACGUGCCCACCGUACCGUUACAGAGUAAUCAUUCCAUCCUGAUCUGUAGUCCCUUCCCCGAGGAAUUCGGGCAGAGCUAUCAAAAGGGAAUGGUGAUGUUCAAGUUCCUCGCUUACUACGCGAUACCGUUGCUGGUGAUAACUGGAUUUUAUCUGGGGAUGGCACGACACCUCGAACUCUCCACUAGGAAUAUGCCAGGCGAGUUGUCCACCGGGUGUCAUCGUAUGGAACAAAUUAAAGCACGUAAGAAGGUCGGCAAGAUGGUGAUAGCAUUCGUAGUUAUCUUCUUUAUUUGCUUCCUGCCACAUCACGUGUUCAUGCUAUGGUUCCACUUUUGCCCAUCGUCCAAGCAAGACUACGACGAUUUCUGGCACGUCUUCAGGAUCCUCGGCUUCUGCCUGAGCUUCAUCAACAGCUGCGUCAAUCCGAUUGCGCUUUACUUCGUAAGCGGGACUUUUCGCAAGAGAUUCAACAAAUAUCUUUGUUGUUGCCUACCGAGAAGGAGUCGAAGAAUAUGUCGAACGGAGACGACGGACAGUUCGGAUAGGAACAGUAAUCGGGGAAUAAAUUUCUCGCAAAGGAGACGCGUGGGUAGACAGGACACGCUCAAUGAGACCAGCUUUGGAUCCACGUUUCGAAGACAUACUCAGGAACUGAACUCGACGGCUCUCUACGAAUUACCGAGCGAAGAGACCACGAGGCCUACCCGAGACAGAUGGAUCGAUGGUGAAGUUCCUUCGAGUUUUGUUAGAAUUACGGAAAAGAUGAAAAGAUACUCGUCGGCACCCUGUUUGACGGAUGGAAACGGCGACAGCAAGAAGGCAAAGUCAGUCGAGGAGCCAAAUGCCAGGGAGUAUUUGCAGUUGGCGCUGGCAAGAGUGUUGGAAUUGCAACGAGAGAUCAAAGAGGGAACGUACAUGUCAGACCGUACCAGCGAUCUCGGUGAAUCCAGUAGCGAGGAAGACCUGACAAAGGAAGUUAUUCGCAAAGUAUUCGAGGAUCUGCCGGGGACACCCGACACGGUUGGAAAAAUAAUGGAGAGGAUGACUAAGCCGAACAAUUCUCAACUGGACGCGAUUCACGGUAAAAGAAUUCAACUGUUGGGUUACGACACCUGCCGUAGAACUGCAAUCGAGUUUAUGAAGAAUGCAGUUCGCGAAACUCGACGCGAUGCAACGACAAAAUCAGGGUUUCAAUCAGGGUUUCGUAUGGGAACUUACUCGAGGAACGAACCGAGGAUGGCGCAUCGUAGGACCGGUUUGAGGAAAAGUUCGAUUUGCGAUCAAGAGAUUCGUGACAGGAUGCUAAGGAGCUUGGAUCUGCACUUGGCCGAUAAACAAAGAGAUUAUACGGCCAAGUUGAUGAGACUGGGCAUGUAAGAUGAAAGUUAAUAAGAAUUUCC